AUGUUUCGUCAAGUUUUAAGAAAGUCAUCAUCACAAUUCGUUAGAAACUACUCAAGUGGUAAAGAUAUUAAAUUUGGUGCCGAAUGUCGUGCAUUAAUGUUACGUGGUGUUGAACAAUUAGCAGCAGCUGUUGAAGUCACUUUAGGUCCAAAAGGUAGAAACGUUAUUCUCGAUCAACCAUUUGGUGCUCCAAAGAUCACUAAAGAUGGUGUCACCGUUGCCAAACACGUCGAAUUCGCUGAUCGUCACGUUAAUUUAGGUGCAUUAUUAGUUAAAGGUGUUGCUUCAAAUACCAACGAUAUUGCUGGUGAUGGUACUACUACUGCUACUGUUUUAACCAAAGCUAUCUACUCUGAAGGUUGCAAAGCUGUUGCUGCUGGUAUGAACCCAAUGGAUUUAUGGAGAGGUAUCAACCACGCUGUUGAAAUUGUUGUUGAAGAAUUAAAAAAACUCUCACGUCCAAUUUCAUCAACUGAAGAAAUUUCACAAGUUGCCACUAUCUCUGCCAAUGGUGACAAAGUUAUUGGUAAUUUAAUUGCCAGCGCUAUGGAAAAAAUUGGUAAAGAAGGUGUCAUCACUGUUCAAGAUGGUAAAACUUUAAAAGAUGAAUUGGAAAUUAUUGAAGGUAUGAAAUUCACUCAAGGUUUUAUUUCAAGAUAUUUCAUCACUGAUCCAAAACACCAAAAAUGUGAAUUUGAUGAUCCAUUAAUUUUAGUUUAUGAUGGUAAAAUCUCAAAUGUUCAACAAUUAGUUCCAAUUUUAGAAGCUGUUCACACCAAACAUAAAAGAUUACUUAUUAUUGCCGAUAACAUUGAAGGUGAAGCUUUAACUGCUUUAAUUUUCAAUAAAUUAAGAGGUCUUCAAGUCUGUGCCGUUAAAGCCCCAGGUUUUGGUGAUUUCAAGAAAGUUCAAUUACAAGAUAUUGCCGUUAUUACUGGUGCCCAAGUUAUCAGUGAAGAUUUAGGAACUAAACUCGAAGAUGUCGAUAUUACCAUGUUAGGUCAAGCUAAGAAAGUUACCAUCACCUCAGAUGAUACUAUUAUUUUAGAUGGUGCUGGUGAAAAAUCUGCCAUUCAAGAACGUGUCGAAUUAAUUCGUGAAUCAAUUAUUCGUUCAACCAGCGAAUAUGAAAAGAAUACCUUACAAGAACGUUUAGCCAGAAUUGGUGGUGGUGUUGCUGUUAUUCGUGUUGGUGGUGCUUCAGAAGUUGAAGUUGGUGAAAAGAGAGAUCGUAUCACCGAUGCCCUCAAUGCUACCAGAGCUGCUGUUGAAGAAGGUAUUGUCCCAGGUGGUGGCACAGCUUUACUCUACAGUACUCUUGCCCUUAAAAAAGUUAAAAUGGCCAACUUUGACCAAAAUAUUGGUGUUAAAAUCAUCAGAGACGCUCUUUUAGUCCCAUGUAAAACUAUUGCUAAUAAUGCCGGUGUUGAAGGUUCAGUCGUUAUUGGUCGUUUAUUAUCAAAGAGAGAUUUCGAAUAUGGUUACAAUGCCCAAAAAGGUUCAUACGAAAAUAUGAUCCAAGCUGGUAUUAUCGAUCCAACCAAAGUUGUUCGUACUGCUUUAAUUGAUGCCUCAUCUGUUGCCUCAUUAAUGACCACAACCGAAGCUAUGGUCGUUGAAAAUAAAAAAGAACAAUCAAAUGGUCCACAACCUCCACAAAUGCCAGAAUUUUAA